ACUUGCUCCACACAUUUGUUCUUGUCAGUCACAAGCGAGAUGGAAAACUCUCUGCUGAUGAUUCUUACGGCUCUCCUGCUCCUUGGAGUUCAAGGAAUCUCAGCUCAGAUCUCGUUCAACACCUCAACCCCCUCAACCCCACGACCCACUAUUCCUACAACAACCACUACCCUACAGGCCACAUGUCCGAAACUCACAGAAUAUAUUAUUAAGUCUGAAGUGUUUCAGCUGAAGGUCAUGAGGAAGGCCAGCCCAUGUGAAGGUCAGCUGUAUGUGAAUUUUCGUGAGCGUCAAGUGUAUUUGUGCUCUAGCAGUGAUAUAUCACUCAGCUGGUGGUCUGGAGUGUGUAAGGACAGAAGAUGUGGAGACUUCAAGGGCUUUAAGCACAUUUCAACCCAAGCUAAAGGUUUAUUACUCACAAGUAAUAAGACAUUCGUCGAUACUAAGUGCAACGGCCUGUAUAUCAUGUGUGAAGAUCCUCUUGGAACAGAGCUGGCUGCUUAUAAAGCGGUAACUGGCAUAUUAAUUUUCUUGAUUUUGGGUGUCAUUCUGGUUCAGUUCGGUCGGCCCACCUACAAAGCCAUCCGCAAACGAUUUUCUCAAAAGCGUCAGAGUCGCUGGGUCGGCCCGACUCAGAGCGUGUGCUAUAACAGAGGUCAAGGACCCCCAAACAAAAACACAGACAAAAGACAGUCCUUUCCUGGUUUGGAGAGGCUGACAGUAAACCAGAGCAGAGAGCCCUCAUCCAACAGAAACAGUGACUAUGACUCAUACGGAUACAGCUGAAGGCCUGUGCUCACAAAAGAUUUACUGACCCUAAGCACAACGCUCGUCAUCUACAAUCAGCAGAUUGUUUUACAUUACACAGCUUCGGCUGUUUUGAGCUGUCAAUUGGCAAGUCAAGAAAGCUGUAAAUAUCUUUGAAAAGCAUAGCUGAGAAAUCCAUUUAGGAUCCAAUAAAAAUAAUAAUGAUAACUUAGUCUCAAUUUGGUAGAGCAUAGCAGGCUUCCUUUUAUUCAUUAUUAAUUUUUUGAUGCUUUGUAAUGACUUGUUUUUACUGUGUUUUUUUUUUUUUUGGUAUUGUUUUUAAAUAGUCAGAAAAAAUGGGAUUUCGCUUGUGUUCUGAAAGAUGAUUGCUUUUUUAAAAAAAAUGUAUAUUUAUGCAAGUGAUUGAUUUUUGAGUUGGAGUUUGAAUAAUUUUGAAUAAACUAAAAAGGCAAUCAUUCAGAUCUUUCGUGACUUUUGACCUGGGCGCAGAAUCAGAAUAAAACUGGUGGUAAAUUAUCAGAACAAAAGGCUACAUAAUGAACACAUAAGCAAGGUUAUGUUGGAGCUUAGAUGAGAAAUUUGAUGAGAAAUGUCUUCUGAGGGGGCAUGGAAGUGAAGUUAAGCUUGGGAGCGGGAAUGUGGUGUUAAUGCAGAAUUUUGCAGCAAUGUGGUUUCCUGUCGUAAUUCUAUUAACUUCCUGUUUGUGUUAUUUCUGUCGCUCAUGCUCUAAAUAUACUGUAGACUCAAUGUGCUCAUUCUUUUUGGAUGGUUUCUUUGUCUUUCUUUCUUUCUUUCUUUCUUUCUUUCUCUCUUUCUUUCUUUCCUUUAAUAUUUUCUCAUCUCUCUCUCUCUCUCUGACCCAGUUGAUUUUUUAAUACUGCACUCAUAGAGGUUUUAAUAUCACAACAGCUUAAAAUCUUAUGUCUCGCCUGACUGAUGGUAGCUAAGUAAAACUCUCUUUCUAAGUGCACCAGUAAGAGAGACCGUUAAAAUGCUUGGUGGGUUUCUGUCUAAACCUUUCUAUAUCUCUCCGUGUGUUUGAAUGCACAGCAGUUCAAGAUGGUUGUUUCAGUUCUGUUCAUUUUUUUUUUCGAUUGUUAUGUGGCUUUGUCUUUGCAGCUGCUUUAGUCUCUCUUCAUAUUUGAGAACAAACGCAACAGCGGGUUUCGGGGGAGAAUGUGUGUUGUGUGUGUGUGGUGGGUGGAUAAGUGUCGUCUCCUCCUCAUCCUCAGGUCAGAGUGAAGGAUUAAAUCUGUAGUUUAAAUGAGGUUCCAGCAGAGAACAAUGACAGAUGACAACAGAUUACAUGCACAGAUUAACAGAGAGACCACACUGGAUAAAAUAUCUAGUGCAUCCAUCCGGCAUUUCCAACAAAACACUUGUGAUACUGACAUCAAACCUACUUGUUACCUGCAUACAGUCUGUUUUCAUGUAAAUCUUCGGAUAUAUCUUUUGCAUUAAAAUCCGUCAUACCAGGUUUUGCGUUAUUAUUUU